AGAUGGCACGAAUAUCUGUUUGAGGGUGUACAGCGACGUCUCUGCACCGUUCCACCUUAAAAAAGCUGGUGGGCGGAACUGUAAUACAAUCUUUUGAAGAGGCUGUGUUAUGAUCGUCUGCACUAAGUGUACGGGCCAGUGAGUAUAUAUCGGCGCACCGUGGAAUCACCAGGGGUCUAUGGUUUUAUCCAAACGUCUUCAAGUGGGGCACACCGGCACGCAAAAAUGACAAGAUAACACCGGAAUCACUUCAACUGUCUAAAGAACUGUCAGUUGCAUUUGUCACUGGAAAACUUGUUCUGAUGGGGGGAGGUCACUGCCACUGGGUCGUGGAUUUGAAGAAGGCACGACAGACAGGUGACGCAGCCAUGUGAGCUGGUCAUACCGUGGAACGCUUGGCAUUUCACCACUUGGGUCAGUGAAAAGUUCUUGUGACCAGACGCACCACAUUACUUGUGCGCACGGAGAGAAUGGCAAGAACAUAUUCCAGUACAACACGAUAUCAUAUCACUGCGAUCAUUUGAGUUGAAAAGGUAGAGAGCGGUCAUUCGAGUGUGAUGCAUAACAUAGCUUUCGAGGUUGUGAAGUAUUUUAGAGGACGCCGAGAAGGUGGCAGGCAGUUGUUCAUGUUAAUCCAUGGGUCUUUUGGAAAAAUCCCUGAAGGGAACAAUUCAGCCAUUGUCAUGUUUAAUGGCAAAGGGCCGAGACAGGAUAGAAACUUAUUUUCCAACGCCAACUUUUGUAAUUCUGUUGCUUGAUAUGACGUGGAUUUUGUGUUUUAGAGAGAAGACUAUUGGGCCUAUAGUUAGGCUACAACAUCAACAGAGUAAAAUAAGCACCAUCAUAGUGAAUGAACAGUGCAUUAAUGUGUCUGACAGACUCUAUAUUGUUGUUGUUAUGUUUUACCAGGAUAAAAUACUGUCACUGUCAAAUGCAAAAGUAAGAACAUCAUGUGGUAACGUGCCCUCAAAUCAUAGGACUGAAGGCAUGUUUCAACAUGAGAAUUAUCACCCAACAACUGGUGGCAUGUUUCAGUGUUGAAUCUAGAAUUAGGACCUACCAUUGAAUAGUUCUCUUCUCUUUAUUGAGCUUUGCAAGUUGCCCACAAGGUCCACCCAAUGUUGUAAACAAUGGAAAAUUGGAAUUGAAAUGAUGGUUUCAUUUAUGAUAGUUGAAUACUAUAAAGACAAUGUGUUUGCCAUUCUUAGGCCUUUGCACUUAAUGUCAAAUAUGGAACUAAUUCUCCAUGUACAUGUGCUGAUCAUUGUUAACUCCGACUGAGCCUGAUUGGCAUAUUAUGCAGAGAAACAUUAUUCUUUGGCAACUCAACUACAACUUCCAUUGUCAUUGUUGUUAAGGUGAUGCUUGUGCAUGUCCUUGACACAGCAAAAUGCACACUGAAUGAGAUGCCUGCCUGGCUGCUUGUGGUCCAUGGAAUUCAUGCUAGGAUUAUAUUUCUAUUGCAAAACAUACCUUUUCAAGUACUAUUAUUCACUUUAAAAUUUGAAAGAACUCCUUAGGCUAAUCUUCAAAAACCUUGAAGAAGUAAUUCUCCCAGACACGUGAGUGCAUGCACGACACCAUUAUUGUUAUUAACGAGACGACAUGGCCAAAUCCUUUGAUGUGGCAACACAAAACACAGCUAAGACAACACCCCCUCCUCACCCGACACAGCACAGCACACAGCCCUCUUUCCUGUGCACGUGUUUAUUGUGUCUUAACUUAGUUACUCUCGGUCAGUGAGCGGCCCCUCGUGAAAGUGAAGAAUUCCAGUGUAGGCCGUUGGACUUUUGAAUUGCUUUAAACUAGACUUUUCGAUUGCCUACAACUAGACUUUCCACCUGCCUACAACUAAACUCUUUUGAAGAAGACCUGGAUGAAUAAGAAUCCUCCCAGAAACAUCCUGCAUGAAACUUUUACUUGCUCUGUACUGUCAGCAGGAAGCCACUACAGAUUGCUUCCUGGCUAGAAAGACCCAGUCCUCCUCCUCCUCCCCUCAGGCAUGGCCACUGAGGAUGGGGAGUCCAAGCUCCUGGAGGAGCCCCUGUUCAUCCUGGAGAAUGGCGAGGUGUACCGCAACCCCACCGAGAUAAAGAUGAGCCAGAUUGUCAUGCCCUGCCACGCCAACCACUGCGGGGAGCUCAGCGUGGGACAGCUGCUCAAGUGGAUGGACUCCACCGCCUGCCUCGCAGCUGAGAGGCAUGCGGGGUGCUCCUGUGUAACAGCCUCGGUGGACGACAUCCACUUUGAACACACAAUCAGUGUGGGACAAGUUGUUCACAUUAAGGCCAAAGUGAAUAGAGCAUUCACAUCCAGCAUGGAGGUUGGCAUAGUGGUUAGCUGUGAGGAUCUUUUCAGCGAUCAUCAGCAAUGUAAGGUGUGCCAUGCGUUUGCCACGUUUGUGGCACGCCGAACAGAGGCAGGGAAGGUUCAGCUGAAACAGGUGAUUCCGCACACCCAGUCUGAACAGCUGGAGUACAGCCUGGCUGCAGAGAGGAGGAGGAUGAGGCUCAUCCACGCAGAGACCAUCACUGACCUCCUCAGCAGUAGCUCAUCUCAGUCAGUUUCUGCAUCCGAACAGCACCAGGAUGGCGUGCCAGCCGAGCGCACCCGGGUGGAGAGCGUGGAGCUGGUGCUGCCACCUCAUGCCAACCACCAGGUCAGCACAUUUGGAGGACAGAUAAUGGCCUGGAUGGAGAACGUGGCCACCAUUUCCGCAAGCCGGCUGUGUAAUGCGCACCCCACUCUCAGGACAAUUGAUAUGUUCCACUUCCGAGGUCCCUCUCACAUAGGCGACCGCUUGGUUUUAAAGGCCAUCGUUAACAACGCUUUCAAGAAAAGUAUGGAGGUAGGUGUGUGCGCCGAGGCCUACCAAGGAGGUGAACCUCUCCGCCACAUCAACAGCGCCUUCAUGACCUUCGAGGUGCUAGACCACGACAAGAAACCACGCACACUGCCUCACAUCCGACCAGAGCCCGUGGAUGGAAAGCGGCGGUUCCAAGAGGCUAUUGCUAGGAAGAAAAUAAGGCUGGAUAGGAAGUACAUCAUUUCUUGCAAACAAACUGAAGUGCCAUUAUCCGUCCCCUGGGAACCCAGUAAUCAGAUGUACCUCAGCUACAACAACGUGUCGGCCCUAAAAUUGUUGUCUGCUCAUGUAAACUGGGUGUUGACCUCAGAAAAAAAUAAGGUCAGUCUGUAUACAUUAGAGGAGAACCAGAAGUUGUGUUUUAAAGUGGAAAUGCACGUAAACGUCCCAGCAGAGCAAGUAUUUGUGCUUCUGUCUGACCUGACACGCAGAAAAGAGUGGGAUGGGCAUUAUGAAGAGUGCGAGGUAAUUGUGCAAGCUGAUGAAGAUGACACCAUCUACAGAGUGGUCACUCCCUCAGUCCGUAAGGGGGGCAAAGACCAAGAGUUCAUCAUGUUAGCGUCACGGAGACGACCCUGUGACUCCAGUGAACCUUACAUGAUUGCCCUGCGCUCUGUGACAUUACCCACUCACCCACCAAACCAGGACAUUAAUAGAGGAGAGGUCCUCUGUGCCGGCUUCAGUAUAUGGGAAGAGUCUGACAGCCUCACAAAGAUUUCCUACUACAACCAGGCCACUCCAGGCGUCCUCCAAUACAUCUCCACAGAUAUUGCAGGUCUCUCCUCAAGAUUCUACAGUAGCUUUUCUUCCUGCAGUGUCUUCCUGGAGAAGAACAGAGACAGUCUCUCAUCUCAUUCCCCCUCCGAUCUCUGAAAGGAGACAGGCCAGGUGGUGUCUCCUGUUCACCACGCACAAGUAGACCGUAGACGCACAAGUUUGAGAUCAAGAAAAACCUUUCCUGCCUGAGACAUGGCAACAUUUCACUCCCAGUCUCACUGUUGUGAGAUAUUGCUGUUAUAAAUAUUUGACUAUUUAUUACAAUGCACACAAUAUUUCAUUACAUCUGUCCUGUUAUUUUACAGAGGAUGUAGUGUUGUUUCUUUCGAGACAAUUUUGCAGAUACCAGUAGGUUCACUUUACGUAUACCGGAGUCCGUGUAAUUUACACAGCAGUACUUAUCACAGGUUUGAUGUACUGAUUUUGGGUACAAAUUAGUUGCACUAUACUGAACUUGCGGUAAACUAUAGGAAAUGGCAGUAAUUACACAUCUGUUGUCUCAAUUUGAUUUGACACUUAACACAACUGCUGUGUUGUCUAUGAAGGAGGACAAGCUCACUGUUUUGCAGAUGAGCAGGUUUUGGUGCCUCUAAAAUGUGUCUUUGUUCCACAGAAACGCACAAAAAGACUAAAAGGUAUGUAGUUGCAAAAAAAUGGGCUUUGGCAGUCAAGAGAAUGCAAAAGCACUCUGCAGUCUUAAUAUGCAUACAGGAAUUCUCUCAGUGUUUUAUUUUUGACAUAUAAUUAAUGCACUGUUGUAUAAAAUAUUUUAAAAGAAAAAAACUACUUAAAUUAUUUGAGUAGCAUGUCCUUUCAAUUACAAAGUCAAGGCAUUUCAGUUAUGGUUGGUAUUAGAUAAAUGUGGUUGCAUAUUGAACAAGACACACUGCACAGUAAAAAAAAAAAUGCAGAGUUAAUUUAACAUCUAAAGCAGGGAUGUCAAACUUUGGCCCGGGGUCCAAAUCUGGAGUCAUUUUAUCCGGCCCGCGAGAUCAUUUCAAAUGUGUAUUACAGUUGGCCCACAAGCACUACUAAAUAUAGUGUAAUAAGACGUAAACAUGAAUACACAUGAAAUUUGGUGUUCCACAGGAAUAAGAGUGGGCCCAGGCCAGUGAAGCAGCUCACACUCAUAGAACAGAAUAUGUGCAGGCAUAUUUUUAUGAUGGGAAUCCGUUUUUGAAAUUUAAGUAUGAGUAGUUGUACUGUAUGAACAAUUUUAUUGAAUAUGGCCCGCGACUUCAUUCCAGAUUUUGAUUUCGGCCCUUUGUCAAGUUUGACACCCCUGAUCUAUAUUUGGUCCCAGAGUAUUUGUAAAGUGUUGAAUUAACA